GUACUCCAGCCAAUUAGAAUCGAAGGAGACAAUAUUGCUGCUAAAAUGCUCAGCCAAUCAAGUUCAAAGCGUCCUGUAUAAAAGUGGUGUUCUGUGAGUUGGUGAUCAGUGUUCUCUCAACAGUCGCGAUGGUAACAUUUACAAAAAUGGCAAGCAUUAUUCUUCUGGUCGUAGCAGUGCCUACCCUGGCAUACGCUUCAUUUCUUCCCAACGAUGCCUUAGAUGGCAGGGGUAACUUAAACCCUACCAUAUCUAACCCAUUCUUACUUUCAACGUCUCGCAAUCCCUUCCCUCCAUCUCCGGCAGUACAUGCACCACAGCAAGUACCGACUCAAGACGUAUUCCCACAGGAACCCGCCCAAGAUUUAUUUCUACAAUACACGGCACCAGUCCAACAAAUACCUCUACAACCACAGUUACCCCAGCAGCCACUCUUCAUCCCUCCACAAGAAUUCCCCCAGCAACAAAUACCUUUGCAACUUCAGCAAACUGUACAACAAGCAUUUCCACAAAUACCUCUGCAAGUAUUUUCACAAUCUCCUACAGAACAGGCUUCACAAAUCGCUUCCAGCCAACACGCUAGUCGAUUCCCACCUUCACGAUGCGACCCUAUUGCCAAACCUCUGGUUGACGAAAUUCAGGAUGGUCGAGCCUACCAUUUCUCCUGGUGUCACGAUGGUGGACUUGCUUACACUUGGGAACACGCUGUUAAUUACUGUGCUGCCCUUAGAAAUGGCUUCCAAGCAAUCAGUAUAGAAAGCAGAAGAGAACAGAACUUCGUAUCUAACAUUCUACUUGCCUAUAAUGUAGCAGAUUCUUGGACUAGCGGCAACAAGUUCUCUACCUACUGGCAGUGGUUAUCUGGUAUAUCUUCUUCCUACACAAACUGGUCUGUUACUGGCAGACUGGGUCUUCCUCAACCAGACAAUGAGGAAGGCAACGAGCUGUGCCUUGCUGUACUGAACAAUCGUUACAACGACGGUGUUACUUGGCAUGAUUUGAAUUGUUUAUCUCUAACACCAGUUAUUUGCGAAACUGCAGUGUUUUAUAAUUAACUUCACUCUGUAAUGAUAAUCUAAGUCUCUGGGUAUAAUAAAUGGUUACAUUUAGUUUA